CCUAAUUUUGUUUUCUCUUUGUUUCAACAGGCAACAAGCAGCAUCAUUUCCUUCCUUUCUCUAAAUCAAAAAAACAACAAUAAUAUUUUAAAAUUAAACACUCUUUCAAUUUUUUUUCAUGUUACUCCCCUAAUGUAACCGCCAACAUCGUCAGUAUCGUACAAGCCUCACGUAAGUCGUCAAUCAAUGCUAGAGUUAUUGGAUCUUCUCUCACGAGUAUGAUUUCAAGCGAGGAUGGUGCGGAGUUCGAUGGUGGUGAUCGAAUUUAUGGUCUGGAAAGGGAAAUCGAAGGGGCUUACCAUAGAUCUGAGGACGGCAUGGUCUUGUGCGACGAUGGUUACCCAAAAAAGGCUCCUUUGUGUGAUCGUGUAGUGUUUGAUGACACUAGAAACUGCAUGAAAAAUGAUUUGUUUUGCCUGAAAAGUUUUUUUUUUGAAUGAAUGGGAUAGGUAGUACUAUUUAGUUUGUUUUCCAGCCUCCUUGAAAUACUAAUCUCCUCCUUUGUUAUGAUUUUGGAUUCACAAUGGUUCACAGUGGUGAUUUUUUGCUAAUAGAUUUGUUUUCUCUUCAUCUUCUCAUUGUUCUGACCUUUUUUAUGAUUUUUUUUUGCAGAGAAGUUUCUGCAGCAAAGGAUUGUCUUUAUUUUUAGGCAUAAAUCUUAAAUUUGGAAGCAAUCCCUUUAAUUAAAAUAAUAAUUUUUGUUAUAUUCUAGUUCAUUCUUCAAUUAAAAGAAGAUUUUAUUUUACUUUCUACUUCACCUACUCCAGGAUAAUUUUGUAAAAAAACAUUGUUUCAAAUUUACAACAUUGGGGUUUUGUUUUUUAUGUUAUGUGAUGAUUAUUGUAUUCUCAAUUUGUUGUGUUUCCUAGAGUUACAUGACUGGACUAAUAGCACAAGAACUGUUAUUUUUUUACUAUUUGUUGACUCAGCUUAUUAAUUUAUGCCUAUUUGUCACAACACAUCUCCAAAGUUAAUAUUUUUUUCAAAAAAUUUAAUGGCAAAAACCUUUUUGUGUAAUAGAACAAUUCUUAAGGGACCAAUAUGUAACGUUUUUUAGUUAAGGGAUCAAACUGAAAUAUUAAAUUAAGUCAAGGGACUUUGGGACUAAUUAUGUCUUUCUUUUAUAUUAUGUUUUCAUACAUAAAAUUUGGUUGUGACUCUUCAAUCUUCUUUAGGUCAACUCAAUGCAAGUCUCUUGCCUCUUCAACGAUCAUCCAUGCAUUUGAUUUAAUUUGGUACUGCAUGAACCAACUCAAAUUACACAACAAAGUCAUCUCUUGGAAAGCUAUCACUUAUCUCAUUUUGGAUGCUGCUUCUUUUCCGGGGAAUCACACUAAGGUUAUUGCAAGGUACUCUUUAUAUGAUUUCUCUGUCUCCAAAGCCUUCUCUAUUCAAAUUUAUCAUCCUAAAAGACCGUCUAUCAAGGAUAUUCUCUGGGACCCUCCUCCUCUGAAUUGGGUUAAGUUUUACUCAUAUGGUGUUUCGCGUGCCAAUCCUAGUUUAACAACUUGUGGAGGGAUUUUCAAGAACCGUCAUGGGGUGGCUAUGAAGUGUUUUGCUUCUAAUUAUGAUCGACAAUAUGCUUUUUGUGUUGAGCUUCUUGGUAAUUUUUUGGCCAUUAAAAUAACUCAUAAGAGAGGUUGGAGAAAUUUGUGGUUAGAGACAGAUUUCAAGCUUGUGUCCUUGGCCUUCAAGAAUUCUUCCUCCAUCCCUUGGAGACUCAAGAAUAGAUGGUUCAACUGCCUAUCCAUUUUGAAUGACAUGAACUUUAUUGUAUCACGUAUUGUUAGAGAGGGCAACCGUUGUGCUGAUAAAUUAGCCAAUUUAGGUCUCUCUGUGGUUAAUGAUGUUUUGUUUGAUUCUUGUCCUAGCAUCAUUCUUAAUGAUUACUCUAGGAAUAUAAUUGGCUUACCAAAUUUUAGAUUUGUUUAAUUUUAGGGAAGGUUUAUUUUCUUCAUCUCCUUGUAUCUCCUUUUUUUAAUCCAUUAGGUGUUUUAUUAAAAAAAACGUUCAUCUUUUAACACAACCACAUUAGUUUAAUUUUAAAAUAAUUUCUUUUA